AUGGGUCAGGAAGCAUCCCAACCGCAAAUCGAUCCCAAUAAUCCUCCUCAUACGCUUUCAGCUCGAUCUAUCGAAGGGGUUGCAGAAUUCAUCAAAAGUGGCAAAGCAAAGGACAUUGUUGUUUUGACGGGAGCGGGUAUAUCCACCAGCGCCGGUAUACCAGAUUUCCGAUCACCAGAGACGGGGCUCUACGCCAAUCUCGCCGCCCUGGACCUUCCUUAUCCAGAAGCGGUUUUCGAUAUUGAUUUCUUCCGCGAAAAUCCAGCCCCUUUUUAUAUGCUGGCGAGGGAACUCUAUCCUGGCAAAUUUUACCCUACAGUCUCUCAUGCUUUCCUUGCCUUGCUUGACAAGAAAGGAUUGCUGACCAUGCUUUUUACACAAAAUAUCGAUUGUUUAGAACGUCGAGCUGGCGUUUCUUCAGAAAAGGUCAUCGAGGCCCAUGGAAGUUUUGCGAGCCAAAGAUGCAUUGAUUGCAAGACUGAGUAUCCUGAAGAUCUGAUGAAGAAAGCGGUGGAGGAUGGAGAUCCAGCGAGUUGCUUGGUUCCGCAAUGUGGUGGUUUGAUCAAACCAGACAUUGUGUUUUUUGGUGAACAGCUUCCAGAAGCUUUUCACAUUCAUAAAUUGGAUCCCGCCACGGCUGAUCUCGUCAUUGUGAUGGGUACGAGCUUGAGUGUUCAGCCAUUUGCCACACUACCAUCCCUUCCCGCUGAAGAAGUACCAAGAUUACUAUUCAACAUGGUCUCGGUAGGCGACUUUGGAAGUAGGCUGGAUGAUGUCGUUGUCCUUGGUGAUUGUGAUAGUGGCGUGAGGAAAUUCGCCGAUGCCUUGGGAUGGAGAGAUGAACUCGAGGAAUUAUGGGUAUCAAUUGGAGGGAACACAAAACAAAAAGAAGCUGAAAAGGUUGAGGAAGCCAGACUCAACUUGUCAAGAGAUGAACUCCUGGAUGCAGACUUCGAAAGGUUGAACGGUGAAAUUGAUGAAGUUCUAACAAUUUCCGACAACCAUACACAUAGGGUAAAUGCCACUCUCCAGAAAAACCCAACUACAAAGUCGACACCCUCAUUUCCAGCUCCUGAAAGCAUGCCUACGAGACCAUCUACCGAAGUCGCUGCCGAUAGGAGUCCACUCCUUACCGACAUAACAAACGGAGUACCACUCAACAAAGCAACAACCACCUAUCGAUCAACCCCAAUCAUAGACGAGAAAUUCGCACACGCCCACGCCCACGCCCAACCCACUCUUCCAGCCCAACAUACCCCCCCAGACCAUCGCGAUAAUCACGAUGAAAAUCGUGAAAACGAAAGUCAAGUACUGGAUACCACGAUGCCGCAAAACAAGCCCAACUCCUUCGACAUCUCUCUAAAAACUUGA